AUGGAGACACGCUCAAAGCAACCCUCAAAAAGCCAUGACACGGUCGCAGAUGACAUUGUCGCCGAUCUCCGGCAAGGGGAACUCGACACCCAAAUCCCCAAGGCUGAAUCAAAGCGCGUCUUGAUGAAAAUAGAUCUGGUCAUAAUGCCGCUGAUUGUGCUUUCAAUGACACUGGCGUUCUUAGACAAGAAUGGAUUGGCAUAUGCAGCGAUAUACGGCCUGGAAACAGACACACACCUAAAAGGUCAGGAGUACAGCUGGCUUGGAAGCAUAUUCUACUUUGGUUAUCUUGGAAUGGAGUUUCCUAAUUUAUGGCUGAUCACGAGAUUCCCCAUUGGAAGAUACAUGGGCGGCUGUCUUGUAGCAUGGGGUGGAUGCCUCUGUUUGCUAGCCGCUUGCAAGAAUUUUGCAGGACUAGCCACGAUCAGAUUUUUGUUAGGGGCUUUCGAAGCGGCGCUAUUGCCAUGCCUUCUCCUCGUGAAUACGCGCUGGUAUAGACGAGAGGAGCAGCCGUUGCGUACUGCCUUCUGGUAUAAUACUUUGGCUGGUGUUUUUGGAGGCAUUCUGAGCUAUGCGAUUGGGCAUAUCAGUGGAAGUCUAGCAACCUGGAAGUACAUUUUCCUUAUCUAUGGCUCGGUGACGAUAGUAGCUGGCGUGGCUGUCUUUUUCACCUUGCCGAAUAGUCCCGCAACAGCAUGGUUCUUAUCAGAAAAGGAGAAGAAGAUUGCACUUAUUAGGGUAUCUGAGAACCAGACUGGACUCGGAUCGCACAAGAAUAUCAAAUUGAAUCAAAUCAUCGACGCCCUGGCCGACCCAAAAUACUAUAUCUUGAUGAUAUUUGUGAUCGCACAGGCCAUCACCAAUGCUGGAAUUACCAAUUUUAAUCCGUUGAUUAUCUCUGGCUAUGGAUUCUCACAAGCAAAAACAACUUUGCUCGCUACCCCCCAAGCUGCAGUUGCAAUGGUAGCCCAAGCCCUUAUCACAGCGCUCACAUUCUAUGUACCUAACAUCAGAUCUCUGCUCUGGGUAUUCUCGUCAUUAGUUGCCAUGGCGGGAGCUAUAAUGGUCCACGUCAUUGACCAGGAAGCCAAUCGUAAUGCAUCCCUGGCUGGUGUCUAUAUCAUGGGAUUUUAUAAUGUACCUUGGGUUCUUGCACUAAGCCUGCAGACCUCCAACACUGCAGGAACAGGAAAGAAAAGCUUUGUGUCAAUCUCUAUCGCAAUAUUUUAUGUCACUAACCAGAUCACCUCAGCGGUUGGCAAUAUCAUAGGACCGCAAUUUUUCUUGGAGUCGCAGUCGCCUACCUAUCCACUUGGUAUUGGAGCAAUGCUUUGCUGCUUCGCGAUAAUGGCAGUAACCGGAAUUGUUUAUUUCUUCAUUUGCUUGUCCGAAAAUCGAAAGCGAGACAGACUGCACGGAACGAUAGACCAGGGCUCCGAACGUGUUCUUGCCGGGUUCGAAGCCGACAUCGAUGACUUGACCGACCGUGAAAAUGUUCGAUUCAGAUAUACAUAUUGA